AUGCCUCUCCAGAUUCUUCCUCUUCCCAGAUCCGAGUUCGAACAGUACUACAAUGUCUGCUGGACUGCCUUCGUGCCAGGGAUCAUGGACAUGAUGUGGCCCGAUGGCCGCUCCAAAGAAGACAUUGAAUACUCCGUGGCGGGCAUGCGACGAACGGACGAACGCUAUCCAGGACGAAUGCAUUGCUUCAAAGUCAUCGACACCGACCUUCCCGACACAGACCCAUUCGAUAAAGUCGUCGGCGUGAGCCAUUGGAAGAUAUUCCCGCAUGAAAGAAGCGAAGAGGAGUUGCAGAAGGAGAAGGAGCUGAGCGACAAAGACGAUGAGCUAUAUCCCGAUCCACCAGGCUACAACAAGACCGCCAUGGAGGACUUUGGCGCAUGUACCAAGGCAUACAAGGACAAAUACAUCGGUCGGAGACCCUACAUGUUAUUGCAAGUGAUUGGCACACGGGACGGACAUCAGAGGCGAGGAGUGGGGGCUAUUAGCAUGAAAUGGGGAACGGAGAAGGCGGAUGAGCUGGGGCUACCGUUGUAUUUGGAGGCGACGGCGAAGGGAGAGGGUCUCUACAGGAAAUGGGGUUUUCAGGAGGUGGAUGUCUUGCCAUUCGAUGCUAGGAAGCAUGGAUAUCCGGAUCCGCUUACACAUCUUAUCAUGUUACGGCCACCACAGCAGAAUGCUAAGCCUUGA